AUGUUCUCCAGCUUCUUCUUCAUCUGCUGGCGAAUCGGCCAGUUGAUCACGCUGAUACCGCCCAUUGGCAUGCUCGCAUGGUUCAUCGAUGGCUUCGUCAAGGCCAACAUCAUCACUCCAACAUACAUCCUCGUCCUCUUCAUCGUCAGCGUGCUGGGCGGCAUCUGGGUGCUCGAGACCCUCUUCCGCUUCAAGAACACCAAGCGCUCAGCCAUCUUCGUCUCCUUCAUCGACCUCUGCUUCUUCGGCGCCUUGAUCGCAGGCGUCUAUCUGCUCCGUGACAUCGCCCAGGAGAACUGCAGCAACUUCUCGCGCAGCAAGUUCCUCCUCAGUCUGGGCCCGUUUGGAUACUAUGGCCAGCAGCAGCGCAACCCGCUCGCCAGCGACCCAAACAAGGUGUGCUCCAUGCUGAAAGCCUCUUUUGCUUUCGGUAUCAUGAACAUCAUCUCGUUCUUCUGGACGGCCGUGUUCGCAUACUUCAUCUCCCACCAUGAGGAGCACCACGAGCGGCGUUCGCGCAGAGGAAGCCACUCCAGCCGCCGAAGCAGCCACCACAGACAUCGAAGCAGCUCUGGAAGACGGAACUCAUACCAUGUUUAA